AUGAAAUGUGAGCCCCGGUGGCCGAGGACGCUGGAUCGGCCGCUUAGCCCGCCACCCGAGCGCCGCGGGGACAGACAAAGAGACCUCCGCCCUAGCGCAGCCCCGCGCGGCGGCCCAGGCUCUCCUCGAAGGCUCCCAGCGCGAUGGCCAGGUCUGCGCGCCACCCCGCUCUCCAGAGCGCUGCCCUCUCCAUCUGAGCGCCCUCCAGCGCCCCCAUCCCCUCCCGGUGCCGGAGCUCUGCGUUGGCUCCCAGCCCUCUCUACAGACCGGUCUGUCUCUCUGUCCGUCUGUCCUGGUGCGCAACCUCCGGCCACCGGCUUGGAUGGACGCGCGGAGGGUGCCCGGGUGUCCAGGGGUCUUGUUUCCGAAGUUGGUCCUGCUCUUUGUCUACGCAGAGGAUUGCCUUGCUCAGUGUGGCAAAGACUGCAAAUCUUACUGCUGCGAUGGAACCACGCCCUACUGUUGCUCCUACUAUGCCUAUAUUGGGAAUAUUCUCUCCCUCACAAAGCAAUGACAGUGAAGAAAUUAAAAGAAAAAAGAAAAAAAACUCACAAGGUCAAAGAGAAGAUAGCAGACAACAAAAGUAACAUUUUGAAAUCUGGGAAAUAGUCUAACCGCUGGUAACUGCUUAUACUAGAGAAAGCAAUGAUCUGAGUCUGUUGCAGCAGAAAGCCAAAAAGCCAGUCAUUUCUACUCAAAACUACAGAAAUCCUCAGGGAUUGGAGACAACUGCAGGCGUGCAAAAAAAAAGAAAAAAAAGAUUGAAAACUGGAAUGUGGACUGAACAUCUUUAGAAGAGAAGGUAGACUUCCCAUAUCCCCUUUCCACCCCUGCUUUAUCAAGAGAAAAUCUGGGGUCAGUUUUGGAGAGGUUUUAUCUACAGCCUCUGGAUUUGGAGACAGCAGGUAUAGUUGAGACUGGAGGGUGAGUUACUGUGCUGAAAACAGAGGGAUUAUGGGAAAAUCUUCCCACUGCAGAGAGAUUUGUUCUCCACGUGACUCCUGAAAGGCCUGCAACCAGGACCACAUACUUUGAGGCUGGAGAUUGGUAAACUGCCUUCUGCAAAAACAUCGAUCCACCCCGAAGUGAAGACUUACAGUAGGGAUUUUUAACCAUGAAAGAGAACAAUAAGUCAUUUUUGUUUUCACUCACCUCUGAAAGUUAACAUUUUCAUUAUUUCUGAAUGUGGGCAAGAAACCAUCAUAGUAUUAGCAGCAUCUGUGACUUUGUCACAAACAGAAAUCACAGAUUUUUUUUAUCACAUUACUCAUCACAUGUACCUUGAAAGAGUAUUUACACUCAUUGUUAUUUCAACAGUUAUUAGACACAACUCUAAAAUUUAUUAUAUGCUGCAUUAAUAAAGAAGCACAUAUUACUGUAUCACAGAUGUAAUUUUUAAUAUUUUGAUAUAAUCUAUUUCAUGCAUUUAAAAACAUUAUUCUGAAACAGGCUUCACCAGACUACUAUGGCACCAGAAAAGUUAAGAACCUCUAAACUAUGGAUACAAGCAUUUGGACAUUUCCCCUAACCAGACGAAUGAUCCCACGAUAGCAGCCUUACAGUAAGACUCACAAAUGGAUAAGCCACACUCAUGUUUCCGAAUAGGGUUUUUUGGGGCCUCACUUUUAAAUGUGAUUUGACAGUUGAGAAAAACCAGACCCUUGAGGACAACCUCUACUAGGAAAGAUAGAGACGGAACAAAACAAAAUAGAAUCAAAUCAGAAACAGAGGGGGGAGAGAAACAAAGUGGUGAGAAAAUAAACAUGUGAAAGAAGCAUCAUAAUUAAAUGAGAAAUGAGACUAUAUUGUAUUCAUAAAACAAGGCCAGGACACUACACAGACAGGGACAAAGAACAUGAAGGAGCGCUUAGAAAUUCGAUUAAGAUAACUUCAAUAAAAAGCUCAGCAGACAUGCAGAAAAUAAUAUGAAGGACAACAUUUCUGUUUUGCUUCUUCCAGGAAGUAGAGGAAAAAGUCAAAGAGAUGGAAAUGGGAGUCUAUCCACUUUACUUAUUAUUCUCCAUUUACCAAACACCUCCUGGCUUCCCCUUCUGCACGCUAUGACUCCACCACAAUGCCCUCACCCAGGCCCACCCACCCCCUACAGUAGCACAUGAAAGAAGGUGAGAAAAUGGGUUGGUUAUAGGUAGGGCAUCAGUAAUGUACCGUUUCCAUAGAUUGCAAUAUCUGAUAACUGAAGGUUCAUCUCUGUAGUGAUCAUUACUGCUGCUCACCAAAUAUUUCUGGUUUUCUCCUUACCAGCCUCAUGGUAGUAGGCUGCUCCCUCUGCUGUAGUUUGAAGUUGAGCAUUGCUCAGCGACUUGCUUUGGCCAGUGAAAUGUGCUACCCUUCUGCAGAGACGCUUUCAGAGCUGGUUUACUAUUUGGCCUGUGCUCUUCUCUGUGUUGCAAUGAAGCCUCUGCCAGUCUGGGUCACUGAGUGCAAAUACGGGACAAAUACCCCUUCCUGCCAACCUCAUGCUGGAUAUAAAGCUUGUGCAUUAGAUAAACCUUGCUUGGACCAAGCACUGAGAGCCUGAGGUUGUUUCUAUUGCAUAUAAACUAGAAUCUCCACCGUCUACCUCCCUGCAUGGGUUCUUUAAGUAUUCUGAGUUGUGAACCAAAGGGAAAUGGCACACAAAAGAACAGGACAGAGAAAGCUGAGUUGGACCCUUUAAUAGCCUUGAUCUUUUGCAUAAGUUACCUGGGUUGCAGUGGCUUUAAGUCAAACACUACCUAGACCCAUACCUGAUCCCAGCACCCCACAGCCUCUGAGUCCCUGCACAUGCCAUUCUUUCUAUCUUCUAAACUCUCCCUAGACCUUCUCCUAUACUCUUAAUUAAGUAGUUAACUUGUGUUUACCUACCCAUCCCAAUCCCCUCCAGCAUCACUUUCCAUGAAAACUUUUCUAAACACAGAUGCCAUGCAAGGUCCCCAGGCUUUAUGCUCCUACACUUAUACUUUUCCUCCACAGUGUUUGCAGGGUUUCCAGUUACAAAUUUGUGGCUCUUUUGCUUUACUGCAUGAGUCCAGCAUCUCUGUCUGGGCCUGACACACAGUAGGUGCUCAAUAAAUACGUUUUGAAUGAAGGAACACAUGAAAGUAGCAUCGAGAAAGCAUCAAGAAUGAGUCUGGCGAAUACAGAAAUUAGGUGGUGUUGGGGAAAAUUCAGAAAUAAAGAUCAAGGCACGGAUGAAAACAGAACCAGUUCAAGGCCUGCAAUUUAGUGGUACCCUGGUAACAUCAAGAAGAACAUCCAUUUCCAUUCUGGUGUCUCGGGGCUGCUAGUGUUAUAAAAAUAGUGACUAAAAAUCAAAGGGAAAAAGUUAUCAUUUUCUUUCUACCAAAGUAUUGAAUUUUAAAAGCAAAGCUUCAGGCCCUUUAUAGUCACAUUAGAGUGACUCCUGCCAUGCUUUUCUAAAAUGAAAACCUCUGAAGUAUGGAGGAAAUGGUGUUUAAGAUGUACUAAGGUGACUUACACCUUCCAAAAAAAGUCUUAAGUUCCAGUCAUACCUGAUUUUGAAAUGUUAUAAUUUGACAUUGCCUUUCUUUGAUAAUGUACAUGAUUUCUUAAUUCACAAAGACUAUAUACAUAUACCCAUUUGAUAAAAGCAUAAUAAAUCAUUAUACGGAAAAGCAGGGCUUAAUACCUGUAGGGUUUUCAAGACUGUAUCACUUCUGCUCCCCCCUCCCUUUUUUUUUUCAUGUUUCUCUGGCAACUUAAGGCUUAUGUGGUGAGGGAGACAUACCAACUUACCGGUGGUCUAUUGGAUGGGCAAGUUACCAAUAUCCUCCCGGUGCCUCAGAGUUCCCUUGACUCCUGAACCUGAUGGAGAAACAGAGCUGCCCUUGGAGAGGGGAUCUGAAGGUGGCUACUGACUCAUCAGGGCAGCCCAUGCAGAGAAAAGAACCCUCACGAUGCAGCCAUUGUGUGUAAAACAAAUGAAAUGAGACAAUCUCCUGGAUUUUAGAAAGAACUGUAAUAAAACCUGAUUGGAAACUCACUGACUUCAUGCCACAGCCUCACUAGUACUAGUACUAGGGAGGUACUAGUAAAAGUUUCACAAGUCAGCCCCCCUGCAUCCAAAUUAAUAGAA